CCACCCACCGCCCCUUCCCCGGGCUGUAAAAUGCUGCAGCCAGGCCGGAGGGAAGCUGACGUGGACGUGGGGAUUAAUCAGAGCAUUCAUUUCUCUGUUUUCACAUCACCAGCUCCCAAAUGGCCAAGAGCCGUGCGGUGGUGACCAUGCUGCGCCCCAAAGCCCUCACCCAGGUGCUGAGCCAGGCCAACACCGGGGGGGUCCAGAGCACCCUGCUUCUGAACAACGAGGGCUCGCUGCUGGCAUAUUCUGGUUACGGAGACACAGACGCCAGGGUCACAGCUGCCAUCGCCAGCAACAUCUGGGUGGCCUAUGACAAGAAUGGGCACCAGGCUUUCAAUGAAGACAAUUUGAAGUUCAUCCUGAUGGACUGCAUGGAGGGCCGCGUUGCCAUCACCCGGGUGGCAAAUCUGCUGCUGUGCAUGUACGCAAAGGAGACUGUUGGAUUUGGGAUGCUGAAAGCCAAGGCCCAGGCGCUGGUCCAGUAUUUGGAAGAGCCACUCACACAAGUGGCAGCCUCUUGAGGAGUCAGGAGGGGCAGCGUGGCGUGUGGAUGGGGCUGGCGCAGUGAGAAGCCCUUUAACCAAGAACUGUAGCAGCAGUGAGCUUGUGGCACGGCAUGUACGGCUCUGCGGGGACAUCUGGGCUCAACAGCAAUGGUGGCAGCUUCCAGCGUCUUGAUACUGCAUUAAAAUAACAUGAAAACUUUCAAA